AUGGUCUACGACUGGGAGGGCAAGAGAGAUAUCUGCUACAGGAUGUAUAUCGAGGAGAAGAAGGCCCUGGAGGACAUCAUGGAAUACAUGCGUGUAUUCCACCAGUUCUCUCCAAGUAAGCGAGCAUUCCAGACGCAGUUCAAGCGAUGGGGUUUCCCGUCAAAGCAGAAUCCUGCUUAUAAAAAUACCGAACUUGUUGCGCGGAUCAAACAGCUGUGGGAGAGCAAUACGACUCAGCGUGAUAUGAUCCGCAUUCUUAACGCAGAAGGGUUCGAGAUUAAAGAGCGAGAGGUUAUGAGGGUACGAGCGAAGUAUAGGUGGUUAUUACGGGUCCCCAAUGGCAUGAAAUCUUCGGCUGCUAGCACAAUAUCUGUACCCACAGCUUCAGCUGCCGCAGCUUCCGCCUCGACUGCGCCGGACGAGGAACUGCAGCAUCCGGAGAAUGGAUUGCUGGAACUUCAGAGAGACACAUACGACGGGGGCAAAGGAACACAAGCGGGAGCUGCCACUGAAGCUGAUGUGGAUGCAAGUGUUAGCAACGGCGCCAGUGCCUCUUCUGAUAUACCGGAGGAUAUUGCUGCAAGACGCAAGGAGAGGAUGGAGAGGUUGAAGGUAGAGAGUGAGGAGCGAUGGGCGACCAAGAGACGCCGACGACGGACUCGCGAAUGGGCUGGAUUACCGCCAGAUCCCCCUGGGCCUCCCCGUUUCCCAUCGGAAACCACGAUCGACCAGAGCAAGAAGUAUCUGUGUCUGGAUAACGAUAGUUACCGGGAAUUACGGGACAGCUUCCAACGGAUAUGUGAGGAAGCGGGGUUCAUAAAGAAGACCAUUGCCGGGCCUGAGAAAUGGCAGAUGGCGAAGGAUCGACUUAUCAAUGAAUCUACGCACCUCCAGGCGGUGUUCUGGGGAGAGCCAGUUCUUCUUGAUGCAAAAGCCUUAGCGCUUGACGUCGUCUGUACUGAUGUCACGAAACGGAUGCGUACCCUCGAACGACGGAUGACGAUUGCAGAAGCCAAAAACGCUCUUGGAAUAAACCCCGAGGAAAGCAGGCAAGUCCGGAACGCGUUCUAUGAUACGCUCAAAGCCAGCCAUGUUACAAGUAAGCUUGAGGCUGGCGAUGAGCAAUGGGGGGAACUAAAGGAUCGAUGGAUCAGGGAAUCUGAACUACUUCAGCAUAUCCUAAACUCUCCUGGCACCGACGCCGAACACGCUACGAGACUCAAAGCCAUCGAGGUUCUCUGCCGCGAUGUAAUGAAGAGACUCCGUGACGACCAGGCCAAGCGUGAUCCCUCUCGAAAGAGAACGCAUCCAGGAGCCAACCUGCCAAAGCAAUCAAGCAGGGAGCCGACAGCCUCAGCACCAAGGUCUCCUCCCAUCCCAAACCGCAUCAGCACCCUCGCGUCUGAAGCCUUGGCGAGUGCUCCCAAUGUUGCAGGUGAGAUGGUGGACAUCCAGAUAGACCCGUCUCUGCUUCAAGCCGCAAACGACCCUUCUUUCCGGCCUGACUCGACCCAUCCUCAUCCGCCCGACAGUUCACAUACUCUCAGCUAUGUUGACCCUGUCCUUCACGCUCCCGUCAACCCAACGCCCCUAUACUUCCACAUACAUCCUCAGUCGGCUCCGCGGUGUCUCGAAGACCCUGAUCCGUGGAUUGACAAGCUCUCUGUUCCGUCCGUAGCGGGCCUGCGCAACACUAUCAUGUCCAGAGUCAAGAAUGCGCAAGAGAUUGUGAGAAUUGAAGGCAUCGACACAGCAGACCGUGGCCACGGCCAGCAUCAAUCGGUAGUUAUUAGUGAUGACAGCGAGCUCGAUGCGUAUCUCCAGCGCAUGAAGGGGCUUGAGGCAACCUUUGUCGUGCUGCUGCGUUAA